UGGAUAGGUAAGCAUCUUUUGAUUGGUGUUUCGUAGGGAUUCAGAAAACUCGAUGGCAUAAUAGAUCCUUCGUGUCAUGAUGGUGUUACGGUGUGUCAUCUCCCUAGCAAGCUCAAGACUAUGCAUCUUCUUUAAAUGCGCAAGCGUGCGCGGUAGAAUUUCAGUGGCAAUCAUUCUCACAGUCAACUCCACCUGACUCCAUGUGAUCACCUAUCCAGCACUUUUAGAACAUCUCGACAUGACAAACCUGGGACCGCUUACUACCAACUACAAGCCUACUAGCAGCGCAAGAUGCAGCUCUAUAUACCUAGCGACGGAUUCUGAAGGGGUUUGGUUAGAACGAGGUGAUACGUCUGAAGGUUGUUUUCCGUCUAAUUUCACGCCACUCGAUGGAUAUUAUUACUCGCCCGGGAUCUGCCAGGAUAGCUACACGUAUGCCUGUAUCUUUGGAUCAGGCUCCCGCCAGACCUCUGCUACAUGUUGUCCUAGUGGUUAUACUUGUCGAGCAACUCGAGAAGCAAAUGACAACGCAGCGUGUCAAUCGGUCCUCGAGUCAGACAGUUCGUACAUCGGCGACGUGAUAUCGUAUCCUAACGGAGUCGCUGAAGUAAUCGGAACAACGACAGCAUUGAUUGGGGCAGGUGAAACCAUCUAUGCUAUCGGUGUGCCGGUGCGAAGAGCUGCGACCGACCCUCAGUGGAGUAUAUUGUCGACGAGUCUGGACAGCGCGACUACGCAGAUCGGGACGGUCUCAACAAGUAGCGAGAUCACGACUCAGGAGUCGAUACCACUCCCAAAAACGAGUGAUGCGUCUGGAGAUCCAGCAUCUAGUACACCUGCCUCUACCAAUGCCCUCGACCCCCCUAUAGACAGCUCUACUACUCAAACACGCAACACCACAAUAGGGGCUAUCGUCGGAGCCGUACUAGGCGCGCUACUUAUAUUAGCGGCAGCGGCAGUUACACUUUAUUGUAUUCGAAAACGCAAGAAGAGAUCGACUCAACCAUUAGAUGUUGUUAGUGCUACCGAAAAGCCAAGAGCACAAACUCCAAGAUAUGAGCUAGAAGAGCAGAUGGGAAUACAGGAGAUGAAUGGGCGUGCAGCCGCUGCGGAGUUACAUGGGCAUUGGCAGCCAGUAGAGCUGAGCUAAGACACGUCAAAGGAUCUCUUGAGCAGGCAUUAAAGUUAUAACUGUAUACGGACAUACAAGUUGUGACAUGAGAAAGUUAAUACAUGGGAAACCGGGUAAUAAACGGAACAUGGCUAGUGAAGAUCUUUCUUUCCUUAUCUGUUAUGGCAUUACUAAAUGACACAUACUUUAGAGCGCGGUCAUUGUUGGAAUGAUAAGUCCACUAGGAGAUUUUCCAGAAGUAAUAUGAGUGUCUCAAGCACCUACCUAGUUACUGCUGAACAUGUUGAUAUCCUACUGUUUAAGGACACAUACCUUAAAAAAGACCC